UGAUUUGGGGCGAGGGUUCUGGGCGGCUUUGGACCUUAAAAAGGAGAUGGAAUGAAUCAUCACAACAAACCCUCUUCUUCUCUCUCUCUCUCCUACAUUUUUCUUCUUCUCUUUUCAAACGACUCUUAUCUGCUGUGUUCAAGGGAGCACAGAUCGGAAUCCGCCCAUCGUCGCCGGAAUUUCUCAGCCGAACACUUAUGCUAGAGAGCCAGAUCGGAUUUGAGUGUUUUUUGCAGAUCUUGAACGGGUCGGAAGAGGAAACCGAGUUCAUUUGAGAGAGAGCUGGAAGCUUUGGGAUCAAACCCAGAUGCUAUUUUUUUUGAGCUAUAGUUGGAAAAUGUCAUCUCAGUGAUCUCAGAAGAUUCUUUCAUUGUUCUGAUCAAUAUGGAAAGGAAGAAUAAUAUCCAAAUCCCGUAGUUUCCUGGUCAGAUUCAUGGGGAACUGUUUUGCUAUUGAAGAACAAUAUGAAACUACGAAGCCAGUUGCCAAAUCCCAAGCCACAAUUGCAUCUCCAACGAAACAAGACAGAGCCGGGGCAAAUGUUACAGUGACUCCCAGAGAUGUCAAAGACCUGAUUGAGAAUCUUGGAUACAGUAAUGUUGACAUCUUUACACAUAAUGAGCUGAGAUUGGCUACCAAGAACUUUCGCCCAGAUCAAGUUAUUGGUGAAGGUGGGUUCGGGGUCGUCUACAAAGGAAUUAUAGAUGAAAAUAUCAGAUCAGGUUACCAAACCACGGAAGUUGCUAUUAAAGUUCUUGACCCAGAGGGGCUACAAGGCGACCGAGAAUGGCUGGCAGAGGUCAACUAUCUUGGACAACUCAGUCACCCAAAUCUUGUCAAACUCAUUGGAUACUGCUGUGAAGAUGAGCACAGGAUGUUGGUCUAUGAAUAUAUGGCCUGCGGGAGCCUGGAAAAUCAGCUCUUUCGAAGGGUAUGUGUAUUACUUACUUGGUCCACUAGAAUGAAGAUAGCUUUAGGUGCAGCAAAAGGUCUGGCUUUUCUUCAUGGAGCAGAAAGAUCGAUAAUAUAUCGGGACUUCAAGACAUCAAACAUCUUACUGGAUUCGGAUUAUAAUGCUAAGCUCUCUGAUUUUGGACUUGCAAAGGAUGGGCCAAUGGGAGACCAGACCCAUGUGUCAACCCGCGUGAUGGGUACUUAUGGAUAUGCUGCCCCAGAGUACGUCAUGACUGGUCACCUGACUGCUAAAAGUGAUGUAUAUGGUUUUGGGGUUGUGCUCCUUGAAAUGCUCCUUGGUAAGAGAGCAAUAAAUAAUAGGAGGUCAGGCCAUGAACACAACCUGGUUGAGUGGGCACGCCCACUAUUGAACCAUAAUAAGAAAUUGCUGAGGAUAUUGGACCCUAGAAUGGAAGGUCAGUACUUGAUCAAGGAUGCUCAGAAGGUAGCUAAUUUGGCUUACCAAUGCCUCAGUCAAAACCCAAGGGGGAGGCCUACCAUGAAUCAGGUGGUUGAGAUACUUGAAAUGUUUCAAGAUCAAGGAGAGAAUCUGCUGCUGCACGGAGGUGUAACCCUGUACGAGGUCCCAAAGAGUAACCCCAAGAAGAAACAUCCAAGCAGAAUUGAAGGUGAAACAGAACCUGAUUUGCAUAAGAAGAAAAGAGAUGAAUUUGCUAUUAGCAGGAGCAAGAGUGAGCUUCUAACCCAGUGCAGUGUGUACAGCCCUUCCCCCAAUUUUCAGCCACUGAAGAGGAAAUCACUGGGUGUAAGAAUUGAGAGAAAACCAUUGAAUGUAGUUGGUCUCUAUAAGUUAUGAGAGCCAAUUCUAUCCAAUGAAUUAGUUUUUUUUUUUUUUAGAUUCAAUCUGGUUUCAAGUAAAAUAAAGGGUAGGGAAGUGAAAUCAAAUUAAUAGUGAAGUGGAAACUCUUAUAAUCAUUAUGUCAUAUGAGUGUGUACCUCAAUUUAAAAAAAUUUUAAUCUGGUUAUUAAAUUUUACUUUACUUUGAAACUAAA